AUGGCUUCGGGCCCAUUAAGUUACCGGAAACUUCAAGAAAUGGGCCCCAGGUCCGAAAAUCGAACCCAGGGAACAGUGGGGGGGCAACUAGGCGCUCUUCCCGCUCCCCAGUCCCUUUACUGGUAUAAUAUUUCAAUACGCCGAUUCUAUAUUUUAAAACAUCAGCUGAUCCCAAUAACAUCUAAAUUAAUUUAAGUCUUUGUAUCUGUAAAAUGAAUAUAUUUUAAACUUUUUAAAAUUCCAAUAGUUGAUGCAUGCAAUGACCCAUGCUCUAACUACCCAAGAACUCGACGUAAACGACCGUCUUCUCAGUUAUACUGAUCAGAGCUCACCCAAAUGUGAUAAAAUGACCUUACUCCUGGUUGGUAUCGCUUCACUGGUGUUUCUGGUAACCUCACAAUGCCUACUGCAUGUCUAA